AUGCCGGGCCGGGCGGAGCCGUCGGGGGGACGCGCGGCGGCGGGGCCGGUGGCGGUGCCCGUGCCGGUGACAGCGCCGGUGACACCGCCGGUGACACCCGGGGCGGCGGCGCGGCCGGGAGGCGCGGGGCUGCGGGCCAAGGGCUUCGCCAUCACCGACCUGCUGGGGCUGGAAGCCGAGCUGCAGCCGCCCCCCGGGCCCCCCCCGGCCGCCACCGCCGGUGGCUACGAGGGCGGCGGGGCGCUGGGGCUGGGGCUGGGGCUGCUGUGCAGCCUGGGGGGACCGGGCGCCCCGUGCCUGCUGCCCGCCCCGCUGCCGCUCCUGCCCGCCCGCGGCCCCCGCCCGCCUCCCGGGCCGCCGCCCGCCGCCCGCCGCCACAAGGAGAACAUCUCCGAUGAGGACAGCCUGUCUGGGGACGCCAGCGACCUGAAGAUGUCCACCUCCCAGAUCAAGAGGAAGAAACGCCGGCACAGGACUGUGUUCACAGCUCACCAGCUGGAGGAGCUGGAGAAAGCUUUCAAUGAAGCGCACUAUCCCGACGUCUAUGCCCGGGAGAUGCUGGCUGUGAAGACGGAGCUGCCGGAGGACAGGAUACAGGUUUGGUUUCAGAACCGAAGAGCCAAGUGGCGGAAGCGGGAGAAGUGCUGGGGCCGGAGCAGCGUGAUGGCCGAGUACGGCCUCUACGGGGCCAUGGUGAGGCAUUCCAUCCCUCUGCCCGAGUCCAUCAUCAACUCCGCCAAGAGUGGCCUGGUGGGAUCCUGCGCCCCGUGGCUGCUGGGUAUGCACAAAAAGUCCAUGGAGGUAAGCAGGAAGGCAGAGAGCCAAGAGAAGCUGGCAGAUGGCUGGCGAGUGGAGCAGGAGGAGGAGGAACUCAAAGGGACGCAGGCCAGUUCCCAGAGGGGCUCCGACAAGCUUGGGCCUGCAAAAGACUCAGAGGACAAAGCCAUCGACCUGUCCAGGACAGCCAAGCACGAGAAGAGGGGUGUGCUGAGGCAGUACAUCAACGGGGACCCCCCCACAGAGCAGAACGACAGGGACCACUGA